AAUUACCACAAUACGCUAAUUUGCAUAAUAUUACCAUAUCAGUGAUUGCGCAAGGGCCGACGGGAUAUCCAACAUGGCAGCGCCCAUCACAGCAGUAUUUUCGUGGGGAGCGAACAGUUAUGGGCAGCUAGGGCUGGGUCAUCACAGAGAUCACCUUUUACCUGAAAAUCUUAAAAAUUUUCCAGAAGAUGUGAAAACCAUUGUGGGCGGAGGUGGUCACACUCUUUUUCUAACAGGAAAUGGGGAGCUCCAUGUAUGUGGCAGUAAUAACAAAGGUCAACUUGGUCUUGGUCAUACCUCGGACAUCAGCAAACUGGUCCGGGUUCCGGACCUUGGGCCUCUCAAACAGAUUGCGUGUGGAUGGAAUCAUACAGUGGCUAUAACAGAGAAUGAUGAGCUGCUUUGUUGGGGUUCAAAUACACAUGGUCAACUUACGCUCAAGGAGAGUAUCGUCACAAAACCCAGAAAAAUAGAGGUUUCAGGCAGUGAUUGCCCAAGGUUUGCUGCAGUAUCAGGAGGUCUACGGCAUACUCUGGCCGUAUCAACAGACGGUCAGCUCUGGACAUGGGGUGCGGGCAAGAAGGGUCAACUAGGUUGGACGGACAGUAAGAUGAGGGUACCUCAACAAUGGAACAAACCUGUGCACAAUCUGGUAAAAGAGGACGAGGUAGAUGUCAAGUUUGUUCAGGUUGCAGCAGGAGCGUAUCACAGUGCAGCUUUAUCAGAUAUGGGUGUGGUUUAUGUAUGGGGCUGUAACAAGUGGAGCCAACUCGCACAACCAAAGUCACCCAACCCCAAGCAGACGCCCCAGAGAUUAGACCCCACUCUCUUUGAUGGCUUUAGGAUAAAAAGCAUCCACAGUGGUUGGACACACAUGAUGGCUGUAACAGAGGAUGAGUCGGUCUACACGUGGGGUCGGAACGACUACGGGCAGCUUGGGAGACCUGCUGCCAAGGUUUUAGCCAACGGAAACACAGAGUCGGAGAGCAAUGCCACGCCUACAAACACAACUCCAGAUUGCUGUCAUAUACCUACUGAAAUAAGCAUUCUAAACAAUGCUAAACAGAUUGCUUGUGGAGCUGAGCACAGUUUAGCAAUAACAAAGGAUAACAAGCUUCUAGCAUGGGGCUGGAACGAGCAUGGAAUGUGUGCCGAUGGAACCAAGACCAAUGUCCUCCUCCCUAAACAAGUCCAAGGCUUGGACGGUCACGUGGCAUCUAAAGUAGGAGUCGGUGCCGGACACUGCUAUGCCUUCUGUCAAUGAUGCUCAGGUUUUUUUCUUUUCUGCUGACUUUUAUUGGUACCCAUGUGACGUCAGUUAUUAGUUAAGCGUCUAGUCUUAUUCCCCAGACUUGUCAUUUUUAACCCUCUUUGUAUCGCUGAGGAGGUGAAUUGCUUGACAAUAUCAGGGUCUCCAUACAAGCUUUGUGGGUGCAAUGAACAGGUGUCCAUAGUAAUUGUACUGUUGAGCGAAUGAUUGGGGUUUGUCAGGGGUGCAUCCUUGCUCCCAUUUUAUUCAGGUCCACUCUUGUGUAAAGGGCUACCUCUUCCUCAAACUUACCUUAAUGUAUGGAUGUUGUCAGGGGUGCAUCGUCUCACCACUUUUACUUAACCCAACUCCCAUGUGAGGGAUAUACCCUGACACUCCUCUAUCUCAAACUUAUUCUAUCCUAAAGAGACAAAGCUAUUCAGAUAAGCGUCUAGUCUUAUUCCCCAGACUUGUCAUUUUUAACCCUCUUUGUAUCGCUGAGGAGGUGAAUUGCUUGACAAUAUCAGGGUCUCCAUACAAGCUUUGUGGGUGCAAUGAACAGGUGUCCAUAGUAAUUGUACUGUUGAGCGAAUGAUUGGGGUUUGUCAGGGGUGCAUCCUUGCUCCCAUUUUAUUCAGGUCCACUCUUGUGUAAAGGGCUACCUCUUCCUCAAACUUACCUUAAUGUAUGGAUGUUGUCAGGGGUGCAUCGUCUCACCACUUUUACUUAACCCAACUCCCAUGUGAGGGAUAUACCCUGGCACUCCUCUAUCUCAAACUUAUUCUAUCCUAAAGAGACAAAGCUAUUCAGAUAAGCGUCUAGUCUUAUUCCCAGACUUGUCAUUUUUUACCCUCUUUGUAUCACUGAGGAGGUGAAUUGCUUGACAAUAUCAGGGUCUCCAUACAAGCUUUGUGGGUGCAAUGAACAGGUGUCCAGAAUAAUUGUACUGUUGAGCAAAUGAUUGGGGUUUGUCAGGGGUGCAUCCUUCCUCCCAUUUUAUUCAGGUCCACUCUUGUGUAAAGGGCUACCUCUUCCUCAAACUUACCUUAAUGUAUGGAGGUUGUCAGGGAUGCAUCUUCUCACCCCUUUUACUUAACCCAAAUCCCAUGUGAGGGAUAUACCCUGGCACUCCUCUAUCUCAAACUUAUUCAAUCCUAAGGAGACACAGCUAUUGAGAUGGAAAGUGUUUGAAACAUUGAUGUUUUAACAAAGAUGUUUCAAUAUCGAUGGACUCAUAAUGUGGGAGAAAGUACAUGGGUAUAGGUUGGUUCACUGAUUGGAAAGUAUUUGUUAGGGAUAAAGAAUGGGGUCUUUGAGGCAGACUAACCAGCUCCAAUCUCACAUAACUUUACUAGGCCAAUCGUGUUCAUGUCUUUAAUCUUUUUAAUGUCAUAUUCAUUUGAUAUUUCCCAAUCUGGGGAGCAUUUUAAUGAAACGACUUGUCUGAUCUUUCAUCAGUUACCAUAGCAACAGUCAGACAUUCGGGGAGCAUAUCAUGAACCUUUGUCAUUUGUUAUCUUUGUCAGUUGUCUGAUCUGACAACUUUCCUUAAAUUUGAAUGGCUAAGAAGUACCGAUACUGCAUAGUAACUGUCAAAUAAACAGCACUCGUCCCAAGGAAACGUCCAACAAGUCUUCCCAUGAAAUCUGUCUCUGCUCCUUAGCCAAUCAAAAUCAAGGAAAUUUGUCGGUACUGACAACUGAUCAGGCAAUGAAUAAUUCUGAAGUGUAUUCUCCUGGGGCCCAUUACACAAACCUUAGUAACCAUCGUAGUAGAUUUCUAACGAUUGAUUACAUUGACUACAAUCAAUCAUGAAAAUCAAGCACGUGAUUAAUCCCUAACUAUUGUUUUACCGAACCCUGGUCUUUGCAAUAGAAAACAUGGCAAAAAGGAAGACGUAAAGGUUUUAGAGCUGAAAAAAAAUACACACUGUACAAAUUAGACUUGUAUAAUCCUUGGUGUCCAUAAGGGGUACCUCUGUCAACUCGUUUCUAUAAAAGUCAGUGGUAAGUUUUAAGCCACUGUCAAAAGCUACUGAAAUGGUACCAUGUGAUUGGCUGAGAACAAAUUCAUCACAGAUAUCAAAUAUUUCUGAUUAUUAUGUUUUGUGAAACAGGGCCUGGACUACAAAUUGUAAUAGUUUUUUUUUAUGAUUGGCAGGAAAAAUAGAUAUAUGUUUUUAUUGUAAAAUAACCCUCAAGUUGGGGACAUAUAUGUAUAAUACUUUGUAAAAUAACAGAGUCUAUUUCAAGAGAUAUAUACUGUUUGCUAGGACAAGUGAUAGAACCAAACAAAAUAUAUUUUUAUGAAAAAAAAAAUCAACAUGGCAUUUUCACAUUGUAUUGCUUAAUUGAGAUUUUUUAAAAUCUUUGUAAUUUGAAUUUACCUUUUACUUAAAUGAUUUUUAAAAAAGUGUAAGCAUUAUUCCUCUUCGACAUCUUGCGUUACUAGUAAAAAAAAAUUGGCAGAAGUUGUGUCUGCUAUUUGGAACUCAAGGAGAAGACCUUUUUUUCAAAAUCGAUUUUAUUGAAAGAGACUACUACACUGAAUUAUCAGAUA